GCGGGGUGACGCGGGGGGACACGAGAGCGUGGAAGAGAGGGAUGCUGGGGCGGUUCAAGCGAGAUCGAGUUCACGCCAAGUGGAGUACGGCAGUUUGUGUCAGACCACGGAGCACGGAAGAUGCUCCCGGUUGUUUACGGAACGGGUGGACCACCCUCGUCGCGGCGACGACGUCGCGCCACGAUUUUUCUCGGUGUCGUGUCUUCUGCGCUUGGAAACACCAGGAACGUCGCGAGUUCUUUUUCGAUCAUCAGGCCGGCUUCCACUGCCACUAUCAUGACCACCGCUUUGGGCCUUUUAAUGAUCCUGCUGCCAGCGGCGUAUCCGGACAAGAUCUCCAUCGGUGCAAUCUUCGAGCAAGGCACCGACGAAGUUCAGUCAGCCUUCAAAUUUGCGAUGUUCAACCAUAACCAGAAUACCACGACUCGGAAGUUUGAGUUGCAAGCUUUCGUAGACGUAAUUAAUACCGCAGAUGCUUACAAACUGUCUCGCCUUAUCUGCAGUCAGUUUAGCAGAGGGGUGUUCUCCAUGCUGGGUGCCGUGAGUCCGGAUUCAUUCGACACCCUCCAUUCUUAUAGCAACACGUUUCAGAUGCCUUUCGUGACGCCCUGGUUUCCCGAGAAGGUUCUGACACCGUCCUCAGGUCUCUUGGAUUUCGCCAUAAGCAUGCGUCCGGAUUAUCAUCGCGCUAUCAUCGACACGGUGCGAUAUUACGGCUGGAAGAAAAUCAUCUACCUCUACGACUCCCACGAUGGACUGCUCAGGCUGCAGCAGAUCUACCAGGGCCUGAAACCAGGCAACGAAUCGUUUCAAGUAGAAACAGUGAAAAGAAUACAAAAUAUGUCCGAGGCGAUCGAUUUUUUACGCAGCUUGGAAGAAUUGAAUAGAUGGAGUAACAAGUACGUGAUACUCGAUUGUCCUACGGACAUGGCGAAAGAUAUUGUGGUGAGCCACGUGAGGGAUGUUGCACUUGGGAAAAGAACGUACCAUUAUUUGUUAAGUGGAUUGAUAAUGGACGACCGAUGGGAGAGCGAGGUGAUCGAGUACGGCGCCAUCAACAUUACCGGGUUUCGAAUCGUAGAUGCUACGCGACCCUACGUCAAAGAUUUCCUAGCUGGUUGGCAUCGUCUCGACCCAGCUACGUCUCAAGGAGCUGGCCGCGAAUCCAUUUCUGCGCAAGCUGCGCUGAUGUACGACGCCGUAUUCGUCCUCGUCGAGGCGUUCAACAAGUUUCUGAGAAAAAAGCCGGAUAGAAGCAACGUGAGGCGAACAGGGAUUCCUGGCGGCAGUCAGAUUACCAAUGGCACCAGGGCACUGGAUUGCAAUAACAGUCGAGGCUGGGUGACGCCAUUUGAGUAUGGCGAUAAAAUUUCCAAGAAUCUCAGAAAGGUGGAAAUCGAGGGACUAACUGGGGAGAUCCGCUUCAACGAUGACGGUCGCAGGCACAAUUACACCCUCCACGUCGUCGAGAUGACGGUCAACAGCGCCAUGGUCAAAGUAGCUGAAUGGACAGACGAGGCUGGGUUCCAAGCCAUCGCCGCGAAAUACAUUCGACUUCGACCGCAUACCGAAAUUGAGAAGAAUAAGACCUACAUUGUCACUACUAUUGUGGAGGAACCGUACAUAAUGAAGAAGAAAUCAGACACUGGAGAGAUAUUGACUGGCAAUGAUAGUUACGAGGGCUACUGCAAGGAUCUAGCUGACCUUAUAGCUAAGAAAUUGGGAAUAUCGUAUGAGUUACGAAUAGUUAAAGACGGUAAAUACGGAAUGGAAAAUCCAGACGUUCCCGGUGGUUGGGACGGCAUGGUCGGCGAGCUGAUUCGGAAAGAAGCAGACAUCGCCAUUGCUCCAAUGACAAUCACUUCUGAACGUGAACGAGUGAUCGAUUUUAGUAAACCUUUCAUGUCACUGGGUAUUAGUAUCAUGAUCAAGAAGCCCAUCAAACAGAAACCUGGCGUGUUCAGCUUCUUGAAUCCGCUGAGCAAGGAGAUCUGGGUCUGCGUUAUCUUCUCCUACAUCGGUGUAUCCAUCGUUCUUUUUAUCGUGUCCAGAUUCUCCCCAUACGAAUGGAGAGUACUGACUCUAAGCACCGGUGGGGAUCCCACAAUGGGUACAAGGAACGAUCCCACGCUACAACAUCCACACGGAUCGCAAGGAUCUCCCCACAUUCCAACAUCGAGCAUGGCGAACGAUUUCAGUAUCAUCAACAGCCUUUGGUUCGCUUUAGCCGCGUUCAUGCAGCAAGGCUGUGACAUAUCACCCAGGUCGAUAUCAGGACGAAUCGUCGGCAGCGUCUGGUGGUUCUUUACCCUGAUCUUAAUCUCCUCCUACACUGCCAACUUAGCCGCGUUUCUGACCGUCGAGAGGAUGGUCGCGCCGAUUAACUCGCCGGAAGACCUGGCCUCGCAAACGGAAGUGCAAUACGGCACACUAUCUCACGGAUCUACUUGGGACUUUUUUCGCAAAUCGCAGAUUAAUCUCUACAGCAAAAUGUGGGAGUUCAUGAACUCACGGAAACACGUGUUUGUAAAAACGUACGACGAGGGUAUACGAAGAGUGAGGACCAGCAAAGGAAAAUACGCUCUCCUGAUCGAAAGUCCGAAGAACGAGUACAUAAACGAGAGGGAACCCUGCGACACAAUGAAGGUCGGCAGAAAUCUGGAUGCCAAAGGCUUUGGAGUAGCAACGCCAUUGGGAUCUCCUCUCAAAGAUCCCAUAAAUUUGGCGGUGCUAUCGUUGAAAGAAAACGGAGAAUUGACGAAACUGGUGAACCGGUGGUGGUACGACAGAACAGAAUGCAGGCACGGGGACAAGCAAGAUGCUUCUAGAAACGAAUUAUCUCUCAGCAACGUGGCGGGAAUAUUCUACAUCCUCAUCGGCGGUCUGCUUUUAGCCCUGGCCGUCGCGCUGCUAGAAUUCUGUUACAAAUCACAUACGGAAGCUACCAGAGCAAAGAUCCCAUUGUCGGACGCGAUGAAGGCGAAAGCUCGAUUGACGAUCGGUGGUGGUCGAGAUUUCGACAAUGGCCGGUGGUACGGACUGCAGAGUUAGACGGAGGAUGCAUGCGCCUUUCCCGGGACCAUAUUACUACGCUCCGGCAAACGCGAUUGGCAAUACCGAGGGCGACCAGGUACACAGCAAUACGCAUACCCAGGUGUAAAUUACCCGGAGGAGAGCCCAGGCGAGUCGCCCGCCAUCUCCCUGCCCACGCCUCCACCGCCGCCGUUGAUGGCGGCCCUGCCUCCACCGCCGCCGCCGCCGCCCAGAAGACCGCCUCGAAGAAGCGUCACCUUCGCGGAAUCGCCGCCGAAGAGCCCGAAAAAGUCGAGGUUCUCGCCUUUCCUGCGUAGACCGAGCAUCACGAUGCUAGACGUCGCGGUGCCCUGGACACCGGCUUCGCCGCGCGUCUGGGCUGGUCGUCUCGGCGACUAUAAACCCGAAUACAUCACGUAAAAACGAAAACAAGGAAAUAAAUCACAGCACGAGCACAGAAGCUCUCCUGUCCUGUGGGCUGAUCAUAGAUCGUUAAAAUUUCGAUCGUCCGACAGCCUGGCACAAAGAUCCAAAGAUCCAAUAAUCCCGAGCAACGCGUUUGCCGCAAAUCGAAUAUCCGCGACGCUCGAUUUCUCGAGCGGUUCCCUCGAUCGUUGUUAGUUCCGUGUUCCGAAGAAGCUCGAAGAAGUUGAAAUUUCGAGCGUCGAUCACGAGAACGAUUCGCCUGUUUGUUCAAGUUCCUCGAAUCGUACUGCCACACACACACGUGAUUUGAGAUCGUCGAUGACGUGUACCGAGUCCUUUCGGAAUGAUUCGUUCUUGCGAACAGGAACUAAACGAAUCCGAGGAAUCGCUCGAGAGGAACGCAGAGGAGCCGUGUGUCACGACUGAUCGACGAAGAUUCUUGGUAUCCAUAUUUGUUUCUGUUAGACGAGACGAAUGAUGGUUUUGCGACAGGAAUCUUCGUGGACAGCCGUGUUUGUACAUUGUAUAUAUUACGUUGUAAUCGAAUCGAACGAGACGAAUCAAAUGGUGUAGAGAAAAGAAGAGAAGGACAACGCGUACGACCGGCUACCGGCGACGAGAACAGGUCGCGAAAUUCGAUAGUAGAAUUCGAUGGUCCUGGGGUGGGUGCAUGUGCAACCAGCAACUCGAACUAACACACUCAACUGCCAUUUCCGUGAGAGAGCCCUGUACACACGCGAGACACGAACGCGUGCACGUACGUAUAUGUAUACAUUAUAUUUCGCGAGGGAAGAUACGCGGGUCGACCGAGCAAACGAAAGAACUUGCUGGAGAAACGAUGAAACGCGUAAGAGGAGAAUUCUGAAAGAAGUGACUGCGGGUGAAAUUCUGGCAGACAUCGAACGAAGAAGAAGGAGGAAGAAUAAAAAGGAAGAAAGAAACUGAAGAAGUUUGAGAAAACUGUGUGGAGAAAGAGAAUACAGGUCGACCGCGACGUAACACUACUAUUAUUAUUAUCAUUAUUCUGAUUACUAUUAUCGCGACAGCCAAGUUUUUAUUACGGAUUACGGUUCGUUACAGAUCGUUGUACACCGGUGCAAACUAUUUUGUGGAUCUCGCGAGAAUGGAUAAUUCGUUGCGUAAAGAAAUAAAGAAAGAAAAGAAAUCAAAAAAAAAAGAAAAGAAAAAGAGAAGAGAGGAAGAAAAGAAAAAGAAACAACACUGGAGCCGCGAUGCGUUUUUUAACUGACGAGAACGGUGUAUAAUCACAUCGAUGCGUGGGUACUGCGUGUGUGAUAAAUAAUAUAUAUAUAAAUAUAAAUAUAUAUAUAUAUACAAAUAUAAAUAUAAAUAUACAUACGUAUAGACGUUUAUCGAGAGAUGUGAGAUGAAAGCGUAGGAGAAAAUGUGUCAGAGAAUGCGUGAUGAAAGCGUAUGUGAAGAACAUAGGAUUAAAGGAUAAUCGUGUAAACGCAUUAUUAAGUACCUAUCACUGCCAGUUCGCGCCGAUCCGAGCCGAGAGAGGACGAAGGACAAUUUUUCUUUUGUCGAUGGACACAGACUUUUUACACACACCGCCGUUUUCAGGCCCCGUUUUCACGCCGCAAAACGAACAGGUUUCCUUGCGUUGUCGGAUCGCCGUGAUCUGGCUCGAAGAACGACGUUUACGGCCAAGGUUUUUCGUGCCAAAGGACGAUAUCUCUCCCGAUAACGAUAACGUCCAGUGCUACGCUGUUACGAAAGAAGAGGCUGGGGUAGAAGAAGACCUCUGACGCAAGGUAUAAAACAAACUUGAAAUAUAUACAUACAUAUAUAUACACAUAUAUCGUUGGUCAUGAACAGAACACGAGAGGAGAAUAGAAUACAUGAGAAGAACGAUGCUCUAUUAGUGAAAAUGUUUGAAUCGUUUGGAUAUUAUUUCUUGGAAAUAUUCAUGUAAAAUGAAUUUUCUAUUUGAAACACGCGUGCUUCUUUUAAAUGGAAUAAACAGUUUUUGUAAUUGGAAAUUUUCAAGCAAUUCGCUAUAUAAAACACUGUGUUCGAGAGUUUUCUUUCGUCGAUACUGUUUUAUAUUAAUACGAUAAAUUCCACGAUUCUAAAGGUGUAUCAAGAGCGAAAAAGCAAAAACGCGCAUGUACAUAUUUUUUUAAAGGUGAUAUAGAUACCCUUUUAAAAUUAUGGAUAUUGCUGUUUUCGAAGCGGAGAUUAACAAAAUCAAAAAACACUGCUUCCUCGAAAAAUACUUCCCAAGGCGUUCAAAAUAUAGCGACUAGCGAGAAAAUAAUACGCCAGUAGUAUAAAGUAAAAAUCAAAAGCUCGAGGAUGUCCACGUUGAAACGUAAAGUGCAGGCCGCCUGGAGCGUUUUUAAACCGUUUCGAUCGAUCGAAAUCAAAAUUAAAAAUCAGAAUCAAACUGUGUCAAACAAGCGUCGAUUGUUACUCGGGUAUCAUCGUAGCACUGAACUGAACAAAGGGAGAGAGGUCGCGGAGCAAAAUUACAUGUUGCGACGUAUAAAACUAUUUUUCUGGAACGCACUCUAACUAUCCCGCCGAGAAACUUCGGUUCACAUUUAUUUACCGAAACAAACUGCCAUAAACCGACGAUUAUCGAAGAACGAAAGAAAAAAAGAAUACUCGUCAAUUGUUCGUGAACCUUGGUGACUCUUCGUUUCUUCCACCACGAAUUUUUUCUAUUUCACGAUUCCCCAUAGAUCCAUAAAAAAAAAAAAGAUGGAAAGAGAAACGAGAAUCGAGCCGACAGUCGAGCAAGUUUUAUACGUGGCAGCGAUGAGAUCGAUCUACCUAUCAUAUCGCCAGAUUUUCUUAUUACGACUAAUUGUUAUCUAUCAGCGGUUUAAAUAACGAUAGAUAAUGCGUAUAUCGGGUAUUAAGCCGUUAACGUAACGAUGGUAACACACGAUGAACACGGUGAUGCAUUUAUCGGAGCAUCAGAACGGUGCGGAAGAGAAACUCGAGUCAUCUUGAUCGAAGGCCGCACGUUCUCACGACUUUACCCAGCGUGAUCCAUUUGAUCAAUGUACAAUUUACAGGACAGCCGUUAUAUACGUCUUUACAAAGAGGAUAAAGUUACGAACGAUUCGAGGGAAGUCAGAUAUUUAAAUGAACGUUGGAAAUGGGAUGAAUUCGAAUCGCCGGAGUAACUUAUUCUUGAUAGUAGCAUGGCGCCAAAUUCAAAUAUAAAAGCGACGGUAUUUUUGUUUCCUCCGUCGUUGUGGUCGUUAACGUUUUCAUGUUGAUGUUCGUCGUCACUUUUUCUAUCCCUCGACAAACUCACCGAUAGGAAGCGGAACGAAAAUAAAAAUGAACAAUGUAACAGUCCCCGUAUACCGUCCCGGCGUCGUUACGAAACAACUCACCUGUUUUCACCCGUUCUUCCUGUUCACCUUCUAUGCUUUUCUUUUUUUUUUUUUCUUUUUGUACGUGCAAUUAUCGAAAUGAAGAAGAAGAAGAGGAUGAAGCUUGGAAAACUUUCAGGAUAUUCUACGACGGAUGGGUGUAAAUAUUGUUCUCCUCCGAAAAGAUCAGCAACGUGAUUUUUUCAUCGUACGAAGGAAUUUGUAAUUUUGUAAAUAUAAAAUGGAAGAGGAUAGUCUUUCCAAAAAUAAUUUCAUAGUGACUGACGCGUUUCAAAGCUAUGUUUGACGAGAACAGUCGAAACUGACAAAAUCAGAGUUAUUUUGGAAGUAUUUGCGGAGAUUCAGUAGAAUAGGUCGACGCACGAUCAGACAAGAUUUCUAUUUCUUUAUUCAUCCUUCCUUCUCUGUUUAUCUUUUUAUAUUUGAAAUGAUUCUUAUUACAUCUUACACUGAAUGACUGCAAAUGCUUCCAUAUUCACGUAGAAUAAACAAGAAAAUUUUUGUAACUUUUCGUAAUUUUUUCGAGUAAUAAACAUAUAAUGAAUUUUUUGAAUUACUUAGAUACAUAGAAAAGUUCGAUAUCGUUGAUCGAAAGCGAUGAAAACGAACAUUUGGUGAACAGUAUUUAUGAAAAUCCAGUAGAAUAUCCCAGUAUCCGAUCAGACGAUGCGUUACCAGCUGUAAAAGAAGGAAGCGCGCAAAGAGGCCGGAAAGAAUAAAAGCGAAACUCGAAACUCGUUCGAAAAAAAGAGCAAUUACGUAGAAAAAAAUGUGGAAGGAGAUCACGCGACGAAAGUCGAACGAAUUGCAAAACGAAACACGAGAACGAACAAGCAAAAUUAUGAGGGAAAAAUAAAGAGAAAUAAGAAAUAAAAUAGCGUCUUCCAGUUUGCGCUUUCACCGAUCGCUGCAUAAGAAUUACGCUUGUACCUUCGAUUCGAGUAUCCUUCGUCAUCUCCCGUACCAUUCCGUGGCAUGAUACGAUCGAUUCCCUUGUAAACCGUUGUAUACCAAUCAAAUUUGUCACAAUACAGGAUCGUUUAUUUAAAUGUAA